AUGGCCCAAAAGGAAUUCACAAUUUUACUACUGGGUGAGUCGGGUGUAGGGAAGUCCACAUUCAUCAACGCAUUCGUCAAUUAUAUGACUUACGAGACGUUAAAUGAGGCCAGAGAUCAACAGCCUGUAUGCCUAAUACCCACAGCAUUCACAAUGUCUGACACCGAGACCUAUGAACUCAAGACUAUAACCUUUGGUCCGCACGAAGAUCCCAAUGAAAACAUAACCGACUCUACACUGUCUGCCACUAAAUAUCCUCGAUGCUAUAAGUUACCUAAUAAUACUAGAGUUGACGUGAUAUUCAAGUAUUGUUUGUUUGGGUUAUUGAGUCAUUUGAAUAAGUCGGCCGCCGAUAACAUACUGUUCCUGUUCACCAACACACGCAGUACCCAAUAUGCCCCUGGUGAGUCCGGUCCUAUUUUGCUAAACAUGUUAAACCAAAUAAGGGAUAACCCGCCAAAUGUGAACAUACCUUACAGUAAGAAAACAAUCUAUUGCUUCGAUAACGAGUCGUUCCGUUAUCUCGUGGCUACUGUUCACCCGAAUAACAUGCAGUUCAGCGAUGACUUAACACUGGAGUAUGAAGAAAGUUGGGCAAGUUCUGUCAGAGAAUGCGAUCGACUACUGGAGCGCAUAGUUUCACUCCAACCCCACAAAAUACUGGACACCCUAUCCCUCAAUAACGCCAAACACAACAUCCUAUUACUGAUUAAGCCUUUGGCCGAUAUCGCCAAACAUAUCGCCGAUAAUCAACACCAAUGUGAGAUACAUAAGCGCCGGGUCAGGGAGUUUACGGGCACAAUAGAGCAGCUCCGGGAGGAAAUGUAUGUGCCAUCUGUUGACAUCAAGACUAAGUGUUUGGAUAAACCGAAAACUGUAUGCACUGAGGGGUCGUGUUGUGAGCACGUGGUGGUCAACGGUCAAGGGGUAAUCCCUGAUUCCGAUAUUCAAUUAGAUGAGUAUGGCAAACUAUGGGGCACUACGUUCAUCAGGGUCAAGUCCAAAAUGUGUCACGCAAACUUAAUGACCUAG